AUGGCGAUCCUAACAGACUACGAAAGACAGAGGCAAGAGAAUAUCAAAAAGAACCAAUCCUUACUUUCUUCACUAAGCAUAAAACCUCUGAUCACCAAGCGAAAAGAAUCCCCUUCAUCCAACGCCAGCACGCCAGUCAAGAAGCGGGUCAAAUUGCCUGUACAAGAUGUGGUACCACCUAGACGACAUGCUACUAGGUCUUCGAUGCGGCUCAAUGGACAAAAACUUGCUCCAGAGGAAUUAGAACUGAAGAUAAAGAUUGAUGAAGAAGUGAACGAGAACGCUAGCAAAGAGAAAGAAAGAUUAAAACAUUCAGAUCGAACCUUAGUUGCCGAAAGCUGGAGAAUCAAGGAUGAAGAUUCAGAAAGUUUGACAAACGGAUUGUUUGAGUCAUUUUCACCUAGUUUGUUUAAGCCACAGAAGUCUAUGAAAGAAGAGGAGGUAAAUCUGGAUUAUCAAAAUGGUAGUGAUGAUCAGUAUGACCGAUUGGUAGACGAGUUGAAUGGGAUGAGACUGACAGCCAUGAAUAAGGUGUGCCCGAGCCGGAUCUAUUGUAUGACGUUUCACCCGACAGUCGAAAAGAACUUGAUUUUCAUGGGAGAUAAGGUGGGAGGGGUCGGGAUUUGGGACGCGGCAGCCGAAAAUCGGCAGUCUAAUAAAGGGAGCACAAGUCAAGAGGUGAAGGAAGAAGCCUCAGAUGAACCCGAUGCGAAGCCUGUGAAGAAAGAAGAACCGGAGGAGGAGGAUCAAGAAGAUCUCGAGCCGGCAGAAGGACGUUCAUUCUUUAUCCAAGCUCAUCCUCGAUCAUCAGUUUCUGCUAUCCAGAUUCAUCCGACCAAUCAUCAUCUCGUCUAUACCGCCUGUUAUGAUUCGACCGUUCGUGAACUGAACUUUGAAACCAAACAGAGUACAGAGAUUCUGGAUGGGGACAGUCUGUCAUCAGACGAGAUGCUCUUCUCCGCCUUUGAAUUUGCCAACGAUGGUCGUGAGCUAUACUGUUCUGAUAACUCUGGUGGAAUCUCACAUCGUGAUUUGAGAGAGCCAAAGGAAAAGGCCAGAAGAUGGGAGGUCUCAAAGAAGAAGAUUGGUUGUGUAAGUCUAUGUCCCACCUCGGAUAAUCGAUGGGCUGUCACCGCCGGUUUAAAUCGAGAGAUGCGGAUAUGGGACCUCAAGAUUCUCACCGGACUCUCAACGGACACCGAGCUUUCAACGCUUGAAUCUCAAGCUUGCGUGGUGAAUUAUUCACAUAGACUGGCUUGUUCUUCUGCUUUCUUCAAUCCGCUGGGCAACAAAUUGUUGAGCACAAGUUAUGAUGAUCACUUGAGGGUUUGGGACCUUGAUCUUAGUCAGAGUGAUACUUGGGCUGAAAGCGACUUUGAACCAACGUACAAGGCCAGACAUGAUAAUCAGACGGGUCGUUGGGUUUCUGUAUUCAAGGCCAGAUGGUGUCCCAAUCCACAUUUGCCUUCGCAUUUCACAGUUGGUAAUAUGAAACAGAAACUCGACGUAUAUUCCUCUAAAGGAGAGCUAUUGAAACAGUUCACAGAUCCUUAUCUUACUACCGUGCCAGCCGCCACUGCUCAGCAUCCUAGUCUCUCGGCACGGAUAGCGGGUGGAACGGCGGGUGGAAAGGCUUAUUUAUGGACCCUUGAAAUGAUUGUUCAUGUUUUUUGUGAUAUAUUGUACCUUUCUGUGAUACUCAGCAUCUUUUUUGGCUUGUGA